AUGGCUCUCGUGUGCUCCGCUCCGCCGCCUCCUCCACGCUUCGCCAGUUACACUCCUCCUCGGUGCCGGUGCCAGUGGCCGGGGAAGAAGGGGAAAGAGAGUGUGGGGAAAGAGAGUGUGGGGAAAGAGAGUGUGGGGAAAGAGAGUGUGGGGAAAGAGAGUGUGGGGAAAGAGAGUGUGGGGAAAGAGAGUGUGCCGGCGAGCAGAGGAGAAGAAGGGGAAGGAGAGGUUGUGAAUGGGGCACACGGUGUCAAGGAGUGGGCGCAAGCAGCAAGAGGAGGGCAUUUAGCAGCGGGAACGGAGAAGGGAAGCUGUUUGCAAGAUGGGGGAUAUUAUCCCUUUCAUCCCCCACACUUCAGAUACGCCUAUCCUCCCCCGUCUGCUGCUGCCAUCAUCAACAUUGCGUUUGCACUCAUCGCCACUCCUCGCCUCUACACACAGGUGCUCCAUUUGAUGAACAAGAUGAGCCUGCCCCCCCCCUUUGGCCCAGUCAUCCUCUCCUCAUCCUUGCAGCCCACCGCACUGCACCCCGCUGUACCGCAGCCAGUGCCUCCCUCCCUGGCGCCUCUCCCUCCGCAUGCUCCACGUUUCCGUCACCCUACCCCCUUCCCUCCUCCCACUCCCUACUCUCCCGCGCUCUCUCCCUUCCCUCCACCUCCCUUGCACCGUCCACUCGCCCCACUCUCUAGUAACCCCCCUCCCUCUCACCCCCACCUUCAGUCUUACACCACCUCCAUCCCCUUAGAUUCGAGGCCUCAGGUCCCUCAAAGCACGCUUCCACCCGCUGUUGCUGACAAUGCCCCUUCCUCCGCCCCCCACCCCAACACAAGCCGCCGCUUUGAGACGCCCUCACAGCCCCUCAGAGCGCAAUCGCCCCUGCCAGCAGCUGCAGCAGCUGCAGCAGCAGCAGCAGCAGCAGCAGCAGCAGCAGCAGCAGCAGCAGCAGCAGCAGCAGCACCACCACCACCACCACCACCUUCCACCCCAUCCAAUGCAAGUCCUGGGACGUCUCGAAGCACCCUUCCACCCUCCACUGCUGUCAAUGCCCCUCCCUCCUCCUCCCAACCCAUCACAAGCCAUCUUGAGACUCCCUCACAGCCCCUUACAGCACAGUCGCCCCUACCAGCAGUAGCAGCAGCUAGAGCAUGCUUCUCCACCCCAUUAGAUGCCAGUCCCGGCACGCGGGCCCUGAACUCUACACUUAAAGCCCCGCAAACAAUCCAGCUGCGUCCAGAGAAGAAGAAGAAGCCGCGAACAAGGUGGGAUCACGAAAACAAGCUGACAGAAAGCAACGCUGCAGUGACAGGCCAAGAGGUUGGCGUGGCAGUGACAGGCCAAGAUGUGAUGACAAUGGGGAGGCAAAAGGAGAGCGGUGCGGUGGCACAGGGAGAUGUAGAUUCGGACGAGGUUCUGGGGAGGCAGGGGGAGAGCGGUGCUGGAGGUGGAGUUGUUGUGCUGGAGCGGUGCAGUGCAGUGGCACAGGGAGAUGUAGAUUCGGACGAGGUGCUGGGGAGGCAGCAGGAGAGUGGCGCUGGAGGUUGGGGUCGAGGCUCCCUGGCACGGGGAGAGUUAGAUUUGGACAAGGUGGAGGGGAGGACUUUUGAGGCGCCUCAAAAGGCACAAGGAGAUGUAGAUUCGGACGAGGUGGAGGGGAGGCGGGGGGAUGGAGUGGGUUUGGAAGGAGGGGAGAAGGAGCACACAAACCAGGGCAGGGAAAAGUGGGCAACAGGGGGAGUCAAGGAGAUCAGCACAGUGGCACAGGGAGAUGUAGAUUCGGACGAGGUGGAGGGGAGGCAGCAGGAUGGAGUGAGUUUGGAAGGAGGGACAGAGAUAGAGCACGCAAAUGAGAGCAGGGAAAAGCGGGCGACUGAUGUGGGGGAGGUUGGGGCGAAGGCAGAGGAGGAAGGUGUGGGGGGAACGGAGAGGGGAGCGGUGGGGGAGAAGGUUGGUGGAAGAGGGAUGACAGGGACGAGCAGCUUGGCGGAUGGGUGUAAUGGUGUGGCGAAGGGGAGGUAUGAGGCGGAUUUGAGAGGGGAGAGUGGUGAGGACAGGGCUACACUGGAGGAGCUGAGGAGAGAGCAGCUGACAAGGGAGCAGUUGCUGGAGUGUGCUUCGUAUAAGAACUACAAGAGGGGUUUUGCGCGCCCUCCAGCGAGCGUUCGCACUCAGCUGGCGAAGAUUGAGAAGAACGACGUGUUCCUGGGAACGUACCAGGGGUCGCUCUAUGCUGAGCUGGACCACGUGGACGGCGCCGACAAGAUGUCAGACGGCUAUGCCUACCUGGCAGUCUACAAGUAA